AUGGCCUUAUUGCGCCACGCGCCUCUUAUCCGCGCCGUACAGUUGCGCGCCCUAACAGUAAUUGCCUGCGGCAGCAGUGCAGUCACGACCUCUACAGUUGCCGUCAACAAGAAUAGAAAAGAUUCUUCCGUGCUCCUCGGCAUGUCCGAGCUCGAUCUCCAACAGCUUGCCAUUGAAUUUGGUCAGCAAAAGUAUAGAGGCAAACAAUUGCACCAUCUGUUAUACAAGAAGAAGGUUAAAGAAAUUCAGGAUUUUAGUCAGGUGCCAUUGGCAUUUAGAAGUGAACUGAAGGAAGCUGGGUGGACUGUGGGACGGUCGCAGAUUCAUAAGGUGGUGACUGCUACUGAUGGUACAGUUAAGUUGCUAAUUAAACUGGAUGAUAAUCGAUUGGUGGAGACUGUCGGCAUACCCGUUGAAGAUGACAAAGGUUCACUUCGAUUGACUGCUUGUGUCUCAUCUCAGGUGGGUUGUCCAUUACGUUGUUCAUUCUGUGCCACUGGUAAGGGAGGUUUCUCGAGGAACCUUAAAAGACAUGAAAUUGUUGAGCAGGUUUUGGCUAUUGAAGAGAUCUUCAACCGGAGAGUGACAAAUGUGGUAUUUAUGGGAAUGGGAGAGCCCAUGUUGAACAUGAAAGAAGUUCUUGAGGCACACCAUUGUUUAAACCAGGAUGUUGGAAUUGGGCAAAGGAUGAUAACAAUUUCGACUGUUGGGGUUCCAAACACCAUUAGGAGACUGGCUUCGUACAAACUUCAAUCGACACUGGCUAUUAGUUUGCAUGCUCCCAAUCAGAAACUCCGGGAAAAGAUUGUGCCAAGCGCAAAGUCAUAUCCUUUGGAAGCAAUAAUGGAGGACUGCAAACACUACUUCCUUGAAACGGGCAGACGUGUGUCGUUUGAGUACACACUGUUAGCCGGCGUGAAUGAUACUGCAGAGCAUGCGAUAGAUUUGGGCAAGCUUAUUCACAAAUGGGGUCCCGGAUAUCAUGUUAACCUAAUACCUUUCAAUCCUGUACAAGGCUCCGAGUAUCAGCGUCCCUCUAAAAAAUCAAUUCUUGGGUUUUCGACAGCUCUCGAGUCUCGGAAAAUUACUGUUACUGUUCGCCAAACAAGGGGACUUGAUGCAAGUGCAGCCUGUGGGCAACUAAGGAAUGACUUUCAGAAAAUCCCUUUUCUUGCUGAUAAUGACGUGGACCAAUCUGGAAUACAGGUGGCAGAUGCUUCUUGA